AGCCAGUAGCGCCAGUAUCGCCAGUGCCGCCAGUGUAUCCCGUGCGAUCGAUCGCCCAACGAAGCCGGAGAUUAUAGUGAGCGAGAGCCCGAGACGAGGAUCCCCGCGCCUACGCAAAGAGAAAGAGGAGAAAGUCGCGAAAAUGGCUCCGACGCUCAACUCUUUCGUCAACUCCUUUAGCCACAGAUUGGAAGCACCCGUUCGACAACACUUAAAGAAUGUCUACGGAUGCCUGUCCCUCUCCACUGUGUCAGCCGCAGCUGGGGCCUACGUUCACAUGUACACCAAUUUUCUGCAAGCUGGUUUGCUGUCGACUCUUGGGACUCUCGGACUGAUCUUUGCCUUAAUUUGCACACCCGAUAAUGGAAAGAAUCGAUCGCUUCGCUUAGGAUAUCUCCUAGGAUUUGCAUUUCUUACUGGAUUUGGAAUGGGUCCACUUUUAGCGAACGUAAUCAGCGUUGACCCUAGCAUUGUUCUUACAGCACUGAUCGGUACGACCGUAGUCUUUGUCUCAUUUAGUAUUUCAUCCUUGCUAUCCGAGCAAGGCCGAUGGCUAUAUCUUGGUGGAACUUUGAUGAGCGCUCUCAACAUAAUGGUAUUGCUCUCCCUUGGUAACAUCUUAUUCAGAUCACAGAUGAUCUACCAGAUUCAUUUUUAUCUUGGUUUGUUGGUGAUGUGUGGAUUCAUUAUUUAUGACACACAACUUAUCGUCGAGAAGAAUCGAAUGGGUAGCAAAGAUUAUAUCGCUCAUUCCCUUGAUCUAUUCAUUGACUUUAUCAAUGUAUUCAGACAUUUACUUGUCAUACUUACACAGAAAGAGCAAAGAAAUAACAAACGCAAGGAGUGAGUUGGCAGAGGCAUUUCAAGUAAAUCCAGAAAAUAGAGAUAUAACUAUUCUAGUAUCUUAUAAGUGAAACAAGUGAAUAACAUAAUGAACGAGACUUACAGCUUUUCCUACAAUAAAAACAAACAAAAAAAAAA